AUGGCCCCUGCUGCUGCAGUACUCAGUAACUACGAAGAGGAGGAGAUUGUUCGCCCCGUUGCGGACUUCUCUCCAAGUCUUUGGGGUGAUCGUUUCCAUUCAUUCUCCCUCGACAAUCAGGUUGCAGGAAAGUAUGCUCAAGAGAUUGAAACAUUGAAGGAACAAACAAGGAGUAUGUUAAUGUCCGCUGCUUCUGGAACUACUACAUUAACACUGGCUGAAAAGUUGAAUCUCAUAGACAUUGUUGAACGUCUUGGAAUUGCUUAUCACUUUGAGAAACAAAUAGACGACAUGUUGGACCAAAUAUACAAUGCUGAUCCCAACUUCGAGGGUCUUGAAUACAAUGAUUUAUGUAUUUUGUCCCUUCAGUUUCGACUCCUUAGACAACAUGGUUACAAUAUCUCUCCAAAAAUUCUCAGCAGAUUCCAGUAUGCAAACGGCAAAUUCAAGGAGUCUCUUAGCGAUAAUGUAACGGGUCUGUUGAACUUAUACGAAGCUUCACAUGUAAGGACUCAUGGAGAAGACAUCUUAGAAGAGGCGCUUGCUUUCUCGACAGCUCAUCUUGAAUCUGCAGCUCCACAUUUGAAGUCACCUCUAAGUAAGCAAGUGACACAUGCCCUUGAGCAAUCUCUGCAUAAGAGCAUUCCAAGAGUUGAGACACGUUACUUCAUCUCCAUCUAUGAAGAGGAGGAAUUGAAUAAUGAUAUCUUGCUUCGAUUUGCCAAAUUGGAUUUCAAUGUACUUCAAAUGUUGCACAAACAAGAACUCAGCGAGGUUUCAAGGUGGUGGAAAGAUUUGGAUUUUGUGACGACACUUCCAUAUGCUAGGGAUAGAGCAGUUGAGUGCUACUUUUGGACGGUGGGAGUUUACUCUGAACCUCAAUAUUCUCAGGCUCGUGUCAUGCUUGCUAAGACUAUAGCAAUGAUUUCAAUAGUAGAUGAUACAUUUGAUGCUUAUGGAAUUGUUAAAGAACUUGAGGUCUACACUGAUGCCAUACAGAGGUGGGAUGUUAGCCAAAUCAAUCGGCUACCAGAUUACAUGAAAAUCAGUUAUAAAGCAUUGUUGGAUCUCUACAAUGAUUAUGAGAAGGAAUUGUCAAAUGAUGGCAGAUCCUCUGUUGUUCACUAUGCCAAAGAAAGAAUGAAAGAAAUCGUGAGAAACUAUUUUGUGGAAGCAAAAUGGUUCAUUGAAGGAUAUAUGCCACCUGUUUCUGAGUAUUUGAGCAAUGCAUUAGCUACUAGCACUUAUUACUUGCUUACUACUACAUCCUACUUGGGGAUGAAGUGUGCUAACAAGGAAGAUUUUGAAUGGUUGGACAAGAACCCUAAAAUUCUUGAAGCCAAUGUGACCUUGUGUCGGGUCAUUGAUGACAUAGCCACCUAUGAGGUUGAGAAGAGUAGAGGUCAGAUAGCAACUGGAAUUGAGUGCUACAUGAGGGAUUAUGGCGUAUCAACGGAAGAGGCAAUGGAAAAAUUUCAAGAAAUGGCUGAGAUAGCAUGGAAGGAUGUAAACGAAGGAAUUCUUCGACCAACUCCUGUAUCUACGAAGAUUCUUACUCGUAUUCUGAAUCUCGCCCGCAUUAUUGAUGUCACUUACAAGCACAAUCAAGAUGGAUACACUCAUCCUGAAAAAGUUCUCAAACCUCACAUUAUCGCCUUACUGGUGGACUCUAUUGAAAUUUAA